GGACCGAAAUAUCCUCAGCUCUGUUUAGGGCAACCUAUCCGCACACAGACUUCAGAACUUCCAAACAAAUCCAAAGUACAUCUCGUCGCCGAAACCCCUUCGGGGUUGGCUUCCCGGUCCUUUCCUCCCCGACUUCUAGCUUCCUUACUCCCUUUUUAUUUAUUUAUAGAAGACAUAACCGCACGAAACCCUACUCACAGCAGACGAUCCCAUUCGCAAGGAUUGGAGGAUUUGUGAGAUCUCUCCAUUUUCAGCCACGGAUGCGCAGCGAGUUUUGCUAGACGAACUCAUGGGAUCAGUGAAUAUUUAGCUCGCAACUUGACGGAGGAAGAGAGAAAGGGGUACAAGGAACUCACGUAGGAAGAAAGGGAGGUUUGUCGAUUCUAUAUGGUUCGGCUUUGUCCUCAUGACCUCUUUGUGAACACUUGGAGUGAUCUCGGUCCAUGCCCAAGAAUUCAUGAUCAGAAAUUGAAAGAAAGUUUUGAGAAGUCUCCAAGGCAUGAUGCUUAUGUCCCCAAGUUUGAAGCUGAACUUGCUCAGUUUUGUGAGAAAUUGGUGAUGGACUUGGAUAGAAGAGUUAGAUGUGGACAUGAACGCCUUGGUCAAGAGGUUGCUCCAUUGCCAUCUGAAAAAUCUGAACAGCUAUCUGUGUUGGAAGAGAAAAUAAGGAACCUGCUGCCGCUGGAGCAAGUUGAGGCACCUGGUGUAGCUGGAAAGGUUGAUGAAGCUGAAGCACUUAUGAGAAAGUCCCAAGGCUGCGCUUAUUAGAAGUAUCGUGACAGAGAUUCGAGCGAGCUUUGCGACACUUCCUCAAGCAAUUUUGGUAAUGUUCUCACUUUUAAAAUUGAAUCAUUACUGAGCAUGAUUAAUGAAGAUGUUCGCAUCAUAGGACUUUGGGGGAUGGGACGUAUAGGUAAGGAAACACUGGCUAAAGCUUUCUUCAACCAUAAUUAUCCAAAAUUUGAAGAGGACAUUGCGUUCGUGAAGAUAUCAGUGAAAAAUAUGAGAAGCAUGUACUAAAUUAGUGACGAGAUAAACAUGUUACUAGUUGCUUUUGUUUGAAAGCAUAUGAGCCAAAAAGAUAAAACUUUCAUUGUAAUCCAAUAUUGGAACCUCAUAGAUUCUAUCAACUACAUUCUUUAGCACUUGUUUGUCCCUACUUAUUAUGAUGACAAUACUUCCUGGACCAAGACAAUCGUGCUGUCCAAUAUGUUGAAGUCAUCUACAUCAUCCAAAACAAUAAGAACCUUCGCCUCUCCCUUAUAAACAGAAUUCCCAGAUUAGAAGUGACUAGAUUUAAGUUUUCGUCUCUUAGAAUUCCAAUAACAAGUUUCAUUUAGUAACGCUUCUCACAUGUUUCUCUGAUAUCUUCAAGGAUACAAUGCCCUUCAAAUUAUGGACAAUUAUGGUUAAAGAAAGCUUUAGCAAGUGUUGUCUUACCUAUACCUUCCAUCCCCCAAAGUCCUAUGAUGCGAACAUCUUCAUUAAUCAUACUCAGUAAUGAUUCAAUUUUCUUAAAGUGAGAAUUCAUUCCAACAAGAUUACCAAGAUGCUGUGGAUGUUUCAAGAACUGUUUAUUUCUCUAUGGAAUGAAAUUAACAAUGAGCUCCAAAUGUGCGUUAAUGUUUCUGCCAACACACCAUAUAUCAUAUACUUCAUUAUCUAUACACUAUUUUGUGAAUUGGCUCUUUGAAAAUUACAGUUAGAUCCCUCUUAUAGUUUGUACCAUAUUAGCUUGCAUAAUCCUCGGAACUCAUUGUAGCGAGUUUAUUUAAGGCUAGCUAGCCUCUUAAAUAAAAUCAUACGAAAGAUCUUAUUCCA